AUGAAUAACAUCUCCAAGUUGUCUGAGACUAGUGGACUGCAGUCAUGCACCGCUGUGAUUGGAGGGCUUGAGUCCUACAGGAAAUACAGGGUUGAAGUUUUCACCAUCACCCAGCAUGGGAUAGAGAGCUGUGGACAGACGCCUUUGACUGUGCAGACUGAGAUGAGGGCUCCUGGUGGUCUGGUGGUGAUGAGCACAGCAGGGAAUCUGACUGUCUGUUGGACCAGUCCACAUGAUGACCCACCAGAUGGUUACCAUGUUACAUCCCAACCACUCAUUUACACCACCCCAACUUCACUGUGGAUAAACCAGACCAACCCUGGUGCACACUGGGUAAAUGAGUCAGUGUGUGUUAAUUUAGGCACAUUUACUCCAGGUCAGACUUAUGAAGUUGGAGUGGUCUCCCUGAGGGGAAAGGACAGGAGCAAGAAGACAAGCAUAAUACACACAACAGAUCCAAUGCCAGUUCAGUUUGCAGUCCCUCUUUCAGUCGGCACAAACUCUGCACAGCUGUACAUCCAGCAUCCACAGCUGGGUGUGAUUGAUGGGGUCGAAGUGUGUGUAUGUCCAGGAGUAUGUAACAGUCUUUGUGACAGAUCAUGUGGCUACUCAUGUAAGCGGUACUCCCUCCCAGUCGGUGUUCAUAUCAUAACUGUUCAUAACCUCAGUCCAGGAUCAGAAUAUCAGCUCAGCGUGUACAGCACCAGCCGAGAGCAGGUGGGACCACCUUACUACACCCACACUGUUAGAACAGGUCUGGCUCCUCCGAACAGAGUGAGGGAGGGUGUGGUGACAGAUUCAUCUAUAGAGCUUCUUUGGGAUCCAGCACAAGGACAAGCUCACAGCUAUGAGGUCAUCUGCCUCAACUGCGACCGUUCACACAUGGUGCAGAAAGUUUUUAGUCAGAGUGCAACGUUUUCUAGUCUGGCACCAGGAAGACUCUACCACUUUGCAGUACGAACAGAGAAGGAGUCUUUUACAGACAGUUCUCCCGUCACUAUCAACAUCACUGCAGCUCCCAGCUCAGUGGAGGUGUCUCUCGUCAGUAAAACCACAACAUCCAUAUGCAUUCGUUGGAGUAUGGUCAGGGGAGUGGUGAGCGGACUCAUUCUGUCAAUCAAAAACAAAACAUCCAAUCAAGAGCUGAUUAUUUCUCAUCAGGAGCCCAGAUCUUAUAGCUUUGAAGACCUUGCUCCAGGAAGCCAAUAUACAAUUGAAGCCAUAAGCACCAGUGGGGAAAGAAGGAGUAAACCGACUACUAUUAUUCUACAUACUAUCCCAGAGGUGCCGCAGGAAGUGGCCCUGUCAGAGGAGGUAGUGACGUCUGUGUUUGUCAACUGGAGACAACCACUGGGACAGGUGGAGGGGUACAAGCUUGUUUUUGGCCUGCAGUCCAUGGACAGGAAAUCGUGGAUUGAGGUGCUUGUCCAAGGCACAAGUUAUGAGAUCAAGGAUUUGAUUCCAGGGUCGGACUAUGGUAUCAGCAUUCAGAGUGUGCUGGGCUCAGACACCAGUCAGGCAUUCCACAGAGAGUUCAGCACACGCCCGGCAGGAGUUUGUGCCCUUCGUUUAAACAACAUGAAUUCUUCUUCAGUCACUGUAAGCUGGGACAGUGCGUUUGGAGAUUUUGACUUCCACAGAGUCACUGUAACCAACAACUCAGUCACAAACACACACACCAUACCCAAGGAGGAGCAGGCUGCCGUGGUUACAGGGCUGGUGGAUGGCUGCAGUUACAAUGUGAGCGCUGAGAGAGUGAGAGGAGUGACAGCAGGAAGCGCUGCCUUUCUGGCUGUAACCACAGUGCCAGCCCGUGUACAGGGAGUACGUGUCCUGAAUGUGUCUCCACAUGCAUUCUCUCUGCGUUGGGAAGAGGCGGCAGGGUGUGUGGAUCAUUACCAGGUCAACCUGCAACCAGACCAGGGAAAUGUUACGGUGCAUCCUGCACUUGAUGGAUACAUUCAGGCUGACGUGGUGAAUGUCAGUCCAGGAACUCAAUACACUGCAACGGUCACAGCAGUCUCCUCCUCCUCCUCCAACAUCAGCCCUGGAGUCAGCCGCAUGAUCAAUACCAAUCUGAGUGUUCCUGGUCCACCUUUAGACCUAGAAGGAACACCUGUGGGCUCUAAUGGUAUCCUGCUCUCCUGGACCAUGCCACCUGAUGCCGACAUUGACGGAUACGUCAUCAGGUACAAGGAGGUGUGUCCCUACCCUGAUCCCGCCUUCACCAGAGUAACCAAAUACCUGGACAUACCAGAGAUCCUGAUCACUGACUUCACCUCAGGUUCUACAUACCACAUCCAGGUAGCAGCAUUAUCUCAAGGUGAAAUAGGAGCUUUCAGCAGAUCUUUGUACAUAAAGACCGCUGAGUCCCCCCCUGGCCUUGUAACCAACUUGACAGCGGUUGCUCUGAACAGAAGCUUUGUCAUGCUUACUUGGUUCCUGCCGCGCCACAUCAACGGCCUCAUCACAAAGUUUGCUGUCAAAGCUAAAAACUAUCAAGCUGGACAGGUCCGCAUACUGGAGGUCAACGCAGAGGAAAUCAUGUCCGUGGCGCUGCCUCACUGCAAUGAUGCAGCGGAUAUCCUUUCCCGUGCAACUCUCAGUCCUUUGGAGAUAACAGCAUCAUCUCCACCCAUCACCCUCUCUGCCGUGCCCCCUGCAGCCUCUUGGAGUGUGCCCAUUUCAGUUGGAGUUGAUCAGCUACAACCCUUUACCUCUUACCUAUUUGAAGUAUCUGCUUUCACUUCCGAUGGAGAGGGACAGGUGGCCUCCACUAUGGCCCGCACGGCCGAGUCAGCCCCAGAAGAUCCACCACAAAAUUUCUCCAUAAUAAAAAUGACAUCUCGAUCGAUCUCCAUGUCCUGGAGCUCUCCCAGCGUUAUCACAGGAAAAUUCACCUAUGUGGUCUACCUUUAUGGUCCUACAGGAUAUAUCUAUGAGAACAGUACAUCAGAGACGCGGUUUUCUUUCACUGGUUUGAACCCCUACACAAGAUACACAGUGGCCGUCCGAGCUAAGGCUGUUGGAGAAGUGGGUCCAUCGGCAGACAUGGAUGUAAUUACACCUGCCGAAGCACCCAGUGCAGUGCAGGAUUUGGUAGCAGUAGCUGAGGAUUCAGUUUCAGUCCUUGUGAGCUGGAAAAGCCCUGCCGAGCCAAACGGCAUGAUCACCCAGUACAGACUGCAGGUUCUGGUCGACGAAAUUCUGCUGCAGGACAUCACCCUCACUGCAGAAGUGAAUACCACUGAUUCGAAUGAAGAUGAGACACCUCCCCCUGGUGUCCAUGAGAAUUCUGGGCGACGUAAGAGAGAUGCUGAGCUCGAUCUGGUCACAUCACCGCCAACUUUCACAGCCACUAUUUCUGAUCGCACACUGCCCACUAGUGUGACUGCUUCCAACCCCACACACUCCACUAACCAAAUCACCAACACCGAUGCCCAGCCUGCUGCUGACUCCACGGUCACUGAGAAGCCCAGCACCAGUCACACUUCUGCUUCACACUCUAACAGCACAGAUAUUCAGUCUACUGACUCUACAGUCUUUGAGACCUCUGCCUUGUCUCUUACCUCUGUGCCACCUGCCACGCUUCCACCCUGGCUGAUGGGGAAAACACACGCUGGGGAUGUAUCCUCAGGUACUUCCGUAUCGGCCCUGACCCCAGGUCAGCAACGCUUCUCCACGUAUGAUAAAUCAAUUACGGGACACUUUUCAACACGCAGUGCAGGAGCUUCUGGUACUACAGGUGUAACAGUGAGAGAGGAGGUGGUGGACGUUUUGUCUGAGGAGUUGUCUUACCUGGUGUCAGAUUUGAGUCCCUUCACGGAUUACACAUUCAGGGUCACUGCUUCCACAACUGUGGGAGAGGGUCCUGCAGCAAAUAUCACAGAGAAGACCAGGGAGCAGGUCCCUAGCUCGGUGCUUGACGUGUCCUAUCAAAACAUCAGCUCCACCUCAAUACUAGUGAGCUGGGUCCCACCACUCAACCCCAAUGGACGGAUCACACAUUACACUGUCUAUGGUCUCAAGCUGCACACUAAUGAGGCCCUGACCUGGGCUACUAACGCCACUGACAUACUGAUAACAGAUCUGGACAAGUAUACUGGCUAUAAGCUACGUGUAGCUGCAUCUACAGCUGUGGGAGAGAGCUCUCUGUCUGAGGAAGAUGACAUCUUUGUUUUAACCUUAGAGGAUGAGCCUGAAUCUCCCCCUGAGAACCUCACCGUGGAUGGCACCACCCCCUCCACUACCACAUUGACCUGGUCUGCACCAGAUAAAGCGAAUGGGGUGAUCCAAUAUUACGAGGUCAUGUAUGAGAAUGAAUCCUACUCUGCAGUGAUGAACACAUCCUCUAACAGAAUCGCUCUGAUCAACCUGAAGCCAUUCUCUUACUACAACGUGUCUGUGAGGGCAUACACGCGCUAUGGCUACGGCAACCAAACGUCAGACACUUUAUACUUGCUGUCUGGAGAGGACGUCCCAGGAAGUCCUCCGUAUGGCGUUACUUUUGAGUCGGUCAGUCCCAGCGAGGUGAACGUGACCUGGCAGCCUCCUCUUGUGCCUAACGGCGUGAUUACCCACUAUAGCCUGGAGCUCUGGAAUUCAAGUCACUACCUGAACCUCACCUCCCCAACCAACUACAUCCACAUCACACAUCUGAGGAAGUAUGCACAUUACCGCGUCAUGGUGCAAGCGCACACACGUGUCGGGCCAGGAAACUACAGCAGCGAGCCGCUCAACAUAACCACUCUGGAGGAUGCUCCAGACACCCCUCCUCAGUUCCUCCAUGCCAAGAAGUUGUCAGACUAUGCGAUAGAGUUGUCAUGGGAACCACCACUUGAAGCCAAUUCAGAAAUACUCUAUUACAUUGUCAGAAUUUGGAACGAAACGACCGAGGUGUGGCAGAAUGUGACAAAGACAUCAGUGGUUAUUAAUGUAGACUCGGAGAGUCGCUACAAUGCAUCCGUCUCCAGCUGGACCAGACUGGGUGAUGGAGGAGUACUGAUUUACAUCAGCUUCUCAACCACCGAUGCAGAACCAUUUGAUCCCCCGCAGAAUGUGACUUUUACAAAUGUGACUGUCUCCUCUGUAACCUUGCUGUGGCACCCGCCCAAUGAACCCAAUGGAAUCAUCAUACAAUACACCAUUUACUACAACGAUAGCAACACUGUGAAUGAACAGAGGGUUCCCGUUUCAGACUUACCUGCCCUUGCGUCUCCUGAUUCAGCCCACUCCUACACUCUGACUCAGCUGAUUGCAGGGACAAACUACAGCCUGUGGAUGACUUCCAGCACUGUGCAGGGGGAUGGAGGAGUCCAGAGCAAGCCAUUAGAUCUGUUCUUACCAGAGGACGUGCCAAGUGACUCGGUCCGAAACCUGACUGCUCAGAACUUCACCUCCACAGCCAUCAUCGUCAGCUGGGACCCUCCCCUACAGCCAAACGGCCGUCCCUACUAUCUGCUCACCUUACAGGAGGCAGGCGUCCCCCCAAAUGUAUCCAACCAAGGCACUCCAGCUGUCAACAAGAUCAUCAAGGUCACCAUAGAUGUAAAUGUCCACCUAUUCACCAAACUCAAGAAGUAUUUCCCAUAUGUGUUGACUGUUACCCCAGCCACUGGUGCUGGUCCUGCCUACAACCAUACCAGCAUGAUGUACUUGAGGACUGAUGACGAUAUUCCUAGUUCGGCUCCAUUGCUGGUGUCCACUAGGAAUGUGUCAUCGUCCUCUAUCGCAGUGGUCUGGCAGCGCCCUCUCGAGGCCAACGGGGAGAUAACAGAGUACAUUCUGACUCUGUUUGGCCCAGGGGGCUCCAACAUAACACAUACCAACAACACCUCGUUAAUCCUCACUAACCUACUUCCAUACACAGCUUACAACCUUUCAAUUACGGCAGCAACGCGUAAAGGCUCAGGACCUUAUCUGAUGCUGCAGCUGCACACUGAUGAAGGAGGCCCCAUGUCCCCUCCCCGUAACCUGAUUAUAUACAACCACACAGCCGUCUCUGUGUGGCUCAGCUGGGAGCCUCCUUUGGAGCCCAAUGGAGUGGUGAUACAGUAUGGCUUCAGGAUCAGAGACCUCAUCACACACACCGUCACACACAGGAAUUCCUCUGGCCCGUUGACCACAGAGUAUCUAUCAGGCUUCAGGCCUCAUAGUUCCUAUGAGAUCAGUGUUUACAGUUUCACCAGAGUUGGCCAUGGGAAUCAGUUCAGCAGCCCGGUGACCUUCACGACUAAUGAGUCAGUGUCCGAUGCCGUGGGGAACCUGUCUUGCUCAGGAGUGAGCUGGGAUUCAGUUCAGCUGUCUUGGGAACUUCCAGCCAACCCUAAUGGGCAGAUCAUUUUUUAUGAGAUUCUCUCGGAGGGAGACAUGCAGUCCUACACACAUCAGGCUUACACACCGGAGUACGUAGUGUCUGGGCUCUCACCAGACCAGGAGUAUGUGCUCACUGUUGCUGCAGUGAACUCUGCAGGACCCGGAGACAGCAUGAACUGUACUGCUUCCACUCUCUCUGAAUCAGUCCCAGCUGCCCCUCGCUUCUUCACCGUCUCUGAGAUCACACCUAACAAUGUGACACUUCAGUGGGCUCCACCAGUCUCUAUCCCAGGCCUGCUGAAAGAGUACCAGAUCAUUUCACAGCUGCUUUCAAUUGUUUGCGAACAAAACAUAUCAACUACCGUGCAGAUGGAUGCGCCAGAGGACGAACUGACCUCAGACUGCGUGGACUCCAGUGCCUCGGUGUCAGUGAAUGCUUCGAACGGCACCAAUGUGAACAGCAUCACACUUCAAUCCCUGGCUAAAUACAGGUACUACCGCUUCAAAGUGGCUGCUGUGACCAGUGCUGGAGUUGGAGAAUAUACACACUGGAAUUAUGCACGCACCCUGGCUGGAAACCCUGAUGCCCCUCCCCGUGACAUGAAUGUGACCCUCACCUCAACAGGACUUCGCAUUGUGUGGGACGCUCCAGCUAUUCUCUCUGGACCGACGUCAUAUCUUGUGCAGGUGAAUGGUCCUGAUAUGAACAUCACAAUAGUCCGAGCUCCAGGAGAGAUGACGAAUUUCAUUCUGACAAACUUGACUGCUUACACUCGUUACUUUGUGACAAUCAUCGCCUUCACUGGUCCGGUGGAGCAGGCUGCCAGCGAUGGGAAAGCCAUCGGGCCUUUUGAAUUUCAAACACUGGAGGAGAAACCAAAAGACCCUCCAAAGAACGUGAUUGUAACAGUUAUCCCAGAAGAAGUGAACUGUGUGAGGGUUACUUUUACCCCUCCAGAGGAACCCAAUGGAAACAUCACUGCCUACUUUGUGUACAUCUACGAAAAGAGUCAGCUAGUCAAGAAUGUCAGACUUGAUUUCACCCAAAGAGACCAAAACAACAUAAGUGCUGUCAUAGAGGGCCUGAAGGGAGGACGCACCUACAGUCUCCAGAUUUUAGCAGAGAAUGGGGCUGGUAGGAGCCCACCCAGCUCAGAUGUCCAGAUAUCUACAGGGAUCAAAGCCCCGGCCAAACCGACUCAAAGACCCCAGGCAGUAAUGGGCCAUGGUGGCGUUGCCAUGGUAACCCACAGGAGUAUCACCAUCCGCAUGCCUGCCUGUUUCUAUAGUGACGACAAUGGACCAAUCACAAAAAUUCAGGUCAUCGUGGCCGAGUCAGGGGUGAAGGACUUUCAGAACCUGACCAACUGGAAGAAUGCAUUUUUUGAUCAUCCUGUCCCUUACCUGACUGACAAGGGGUUCCCCAACCCGCCAUGUCUUUCGGAGGAUGGGACGUCAGGCAUGGCUGCACGUGGCUGGCCACUAGUGAGGCGGAAUGCCACUAUGGCAGAAACAUAUGUAAUCGGAGAGAGCAAUGACUGUAUGAGGGAAAACAACACUGACAUGUACUGCAAUGGACCCCUGAAGCCUAACACGGUCUAUGUCUUUAAGUUCAAAGCCACUAACAUCAAUGGCCAAUCCACAGACUCAGAGUACUCAGAGCAUGUCAAAACUGCAGCUGCAGUGUACGGGCUGUUGACCAAAGUAGAUCAGAUCAUUCUGGGAGUUGUGCUUUCUGUUUUCUUGGCUGGCCUCCUCAUCAUCAUUUGUUGCUCAAUCAAGUUUCAUCAGCGCAAGAUGGAAGGUGGGACUUAUUCACCCAGAAAGGCAGAAAUGACAGAGACAAAGAGUAAACUGGAUCAGCUGGUUGCCGUGGCAGACCUGGAGCUGAAACAAGAAAAUCUCAACCGGUAUUCUUCCUUCUUCUUUAGACGGAAAGAGAUUUAUGUGAUCCAGCUGCUCAGCUACAGGAAAUCACUCAAGCCCGUCAGCAAGAAGACUUUUCUGCAGCACAUAGAGGAAUUGUGUGGCAAUAACAAUGCCAGGUUUCAGGAAGAGUUUGCUGAGCUUCCAAAACUGCUGCAGGACCUGGCCACCUCAGAUGCUGACCUGCCCUGGAACAAAACAAAAAACCGUUUCCCCAACAUCAAACCUUACAAUAACAACCGAGUGAAACUGCAGCCAGAAGUAACCCUUGCGGGCUCUGACUACAUCAACGCCAGCUUUGUCUCAGGCUAUGUUUGUCCCAAUGAGUUUAUAGCCACCCAGGGACCUCUGGCUAGCACAGUGGCUGACUUUUGGAGGAUGAUCUGGGAAACGGGAACCCGCACAAUCGCCAUGCUCACACAGUGUUACGAGAAAGGCAGAAUUCGAUGUCACAAGUACUGGCCAGAGGACAACAAGCUAAUGACAGUGUUUAGUGACAUUCUCAUCUCAAAAGUGUCAGAGGAAGUCUAUCCUGACUGGACUGUCAGAACCCUAAAAGUAGAAAGGCACGGACAGUACAUUCUGGUUAACCACUUCAAUUACACAUCAUGGCCUGAGCACGGAGUCCCAGAGUCCUGCAGCACUCUCAUUAAGUUUGUCAAAGCAGUUCGAGCCCACAGACACGACAACACCACCAUAGUGGUCCACUGCAGUGCUGGUGUGGGCAGAACAGGUGUGUUCAUUGCGCUCGACCACCUCAUUCAGCACGUCAGAGAUCAUGACUUUGUUGAUAUUUAUGGCCUGGUGGCUGAGCUUCGCAGCGAAAGGAUGUGUAUGGUACAGAAUCUGGCCCAGUACAUCUUCCUGCACCAAAGUACGCUUGAACUUAUAACCAACAAAGGCCAAUCCAUCUGGUUUGUGAACUAUUCUGCUCUUGAGAAGAUGGAUUCCCUGGAUGCCAUGGAAGGUGAUGUUGAGCUGGAAUGGGAGGAGACCACUAUGUAAAGACUGGCCGGGGGACACAUUCGCCUGAGGGAGAGUGACAUUUGUGUGUUUCGAGGUCACUGCGAUGCUGACUGUGGACUGGACCUGGCCUCAAUCACACAAGGUUAGAGGGAACAGAAACACGAGGUGAACAGCACAGUCUGAUCUGAAUGGACUGUCAGUCAACUAAGACUUUGUUGCUCCACUUCAACCCACUUCUCAGCAGCGUCCUUCCCUUUAACGUUGAACACUUGUUUUCAAAGAGAGUGAGAAAAAUAAAAGGGACAAAGAAAACGUCAGGGAGAAAAGAGCAAAACGGUGAGCUGACUGCGAGAGCUCUAUCACGUCUGUAAGCCUUCAGGUACUUUGCACAAAUUGAUUUCACUGUUUAUUGUAAUUACUGUAUUAUGUUGAUAUCAUCUAUGUUUUUGUAAGAUAAUUUAUUCAGCCAAAACGGUGUUGUUGUUUUUUUCGAUCUCUUUGUAAUUCCUGUGUCGAAGUGUUGACAGCAUUUCCAUUUUAUUUAUCCUUUCUCAAGUGUGAUUUGCAAAAAUAAAAGCUACUAGUAUUUUUUCUGGCCUUGAAAAAAUACUAGCCGUUUUGACGUUGCAAUAUUAAAUUACAAACUGCAGUCUUAUUGUUUAGA